CCGAGGGAGUACCUGCCCGACGAUGCAACGUCUUUUCCCGGGCGUCUGCCGACCGGUACGUUACGUUCGUGGACCCAUCGAGGUAAAGGUUAAGAUUCCGGACGGUUACCGAAUCCAGCUGGAAGCUCUCGAGGAGCUCUUCAACCUACACAACGAGGAUCCCGAAAAGCAACCUCCAUACUUCGGCAACAUAGAGCUGGAGAGAAGCUGCCCCCGGGCGGCUCUGGAUGUAUGGGAAGGUCCAAGUGGAUUGGAGCCCAAGAGAUUCAUCACGCACAACGGAGCCGAAUAACUUGGGCUUCUGUGCCGGAGGCUAUUUUGCCAGCGGCGAGUGUUGGUUUGAGCUCGACGACCCAAGCCAUAAAUAAUGUCAAGGGCCCGAGAGAGCUGGCUUUCCUUCGAAGUAUCUGCGGUGGUCCUGCGUUUAAGGGGUUUCAAUACUACCGUGAUGUUGGAGCGAGGGCUGCUGAGCUUUCUGUGAGAAAAG